AUGGGCCAAUCAGAUUCAAAACUCGCUCACUACCGAGAACAUGUUUUCAGGCUCGCAGAUCUGGUUCCAACACCGUUGUACUCGCCUUGCGUUAGCUCUCAAGAGGUGAUAAAGUACUACAAUGAUCCUAACUCGUGGUCGCGCAAGGACUUCCCAGAUCCAUUUUCGGCGUAUUUCAAUGAAUUCGUGGUGCCAGGUGCGGAAGCUCGCGACGUUUACUCUGUGAUUUCGUCGCAAGAGUUGCGAUUUAUCUGCAAUUCCAACAUGGCCAAUUUCACCGCUUUUAUACGAUUUGCAGCAUUCAAAAUUCACGUCCUGUCUUGUUUGCUUCAAAAUUGCGACUCAGUGGCGACUUUUAAAUUGCGCGAAAGCCAACUUCUCACGUUUGUGCGCAUUUUGACCAAGAUAAUACCGGUCUUUUAUGAAAUGGACGUGGACCAAAAACACGAGAAUUCAAUCUUUUGGAACCAAAAUAGCUCAGAGGUACUGCACUGCGAAGGCUUGAUUUCCGAAGAGCAUGCCACUUUGAAUGUCAACCACGUUAUCACCGAAGCUCAAGACUUGGUGCCCCUGGGUGUUCUCAUCGUGCAGGCUUGCGUUAAACUACUCUUCAUCAAAGGUUUCACCGUUCCUCUCACGAGACAAGCUCCAAGAGACUACGGAAAAACCUCUUUUUUGCUUUGGGAGGAUGGCAUCAAUACUACGGAAACAAACUAUGCUCCUCCAAGCCCGACGCUGGACGCAAAACGAUUGGAAAUUUUGCGUCUUUUGCUGACUCUGUCGUCAAAGCAGCUGUACUCUCAACAUAUGCCGAAAUUCCUCGUUGUGCUAACGACGUCGGUUCCGGAGUUUCACAGUAUUUGCCUCACUUCUUCGAUUAUUAACCUUGUGUGUCGUUCCUGUCGAAGUAACGAUGACAAUAACGGACUUCAGUACCCGUCAAAUUCAUACCAUUCGUCCUCUAAAAGCAGCCAGCUAACCUCCAUGAGAAAAUCAUUGACCAUGACCGGGCUGCAGUUGCUUAACUUGUCAAUGCUCUGCCCCCUCGAGCGGGAACAUGAACUUGAGAUUCAGACCUUCUUAUACGGCCUCAAUCUCUACUCCACCAAUUUCAAGAUCAACAAUCUCGUUUUGACGUAUUUGAGCACCUUAUCAAGGGAGUUUGACCUCAAGUUCAUUUUGGUCAAUUUAGCAACGCUUCUAAAAAGGCCAAUGGAACAGGCUAUUGAAAUCGAAUCCAAUCCCUUUUACUUGCUGGGUAACUCCGCUGGCGGAUCGAAUAAUGGAAAGAGAGCUUCUCAGAGUAAGAGUAAUGCACCCAAGGGUUUUACGCAGCCGAAUUCGGUAGCCCAUCUGCCUAGAAGUACUUUACAAAUCGUGGUAUUAUUGUGGGAGCUGAUGAAGUGCAACAAAUCUUUUGAGAACUAUGUGGCUGACAAGUACGCUAAUAAACUGAUUUUGGUUUGCAUUUAUUACAUCAAGAACUACUCAAAAAGUUCUGAGUGGCGAACAGAUUUAAUACCUAUUGUAUCGGGAUUUGCAACAUAUUUGUCGUCCAAAAAGUUGGUGUUGUCGAAAAUGCAGUACUGUUUCAAUGCCAACUAUUACGCUAACAAAAUACCUGACUCAUACAAAAUAUCUGUCGGCGACGCCAGCCGACUCACCUUCAGGGAUUUUGCCAUUAUACACUUGACAAACUUGGUCUCUUUACAGGUGAAUGCUAAUACCGUAAUGAACGCAUCGUUGAUCGAGAUUAUUUUCAAUCUGUUAUGUGUCCCUGGCGGAUCUCAACAUGAAGACCUUGUUCAGCUGUCUUCCGAUAAAUCUAACAAGGUCACCGGACUGAGCUAUAAUACAUCAGUCGCCUUUCUAAGGUUGAUGGCCAGAAUGACUUCAAAGGAAUUCUUGAAGAGUUUUGCAGAAGACGCUAAAAACGGCAUACCUGAGACUUCCAAUGAGGGACUAGAAGUCUCUAAGCAACAGCGAGUAACAAAGGGGUAUGUGCUGUCUCCAGGUUUUAAGUUAGAUUUGCUUGCUUUACUUAUUCAAGCUUUCAACAGUUGCGUUCUCAACCAUUUCAAGGAUAGCAAGCACCUUCUAUUUGUGUUUUGCAGGCACGAAAAUGUGAUUAAACAGCUUCAAAAGAAUUUGGUUGAGAUCUCCUCCGAGCUAAGCUACGAUUGCAACAAAUACGAGCCCAGAGGUGCGGAUAAGGAAGUUGUCUCACACGUCGACGACUACUUCGAUGAUUCUUUGCCCACGGACAUAAGAUACAAUUGGCAAAUUGAUAGACGGCAUUCCAACAAUCACGAAGACUAUGACAUGAUAGAAAAAGCUCAAUUUCAAUCGCUUUUGAUAUUCGAGCCAGAUCAACAGAAGCUGGAGGAAGUGGAACACGCGGCCGAAAAAGUGGCCCAAGGAUCUCCUAAUAAAACCAUCGAGCUGUACGAGUACGCUGACGAUGAGCACGAUCCUGUAUUGGAGUCAACAGAUUUGUUGUUGGCCCUCAGACCCCACAGACCGUUUGGCUUAACGUUUCGGAAUAAACUCAAAUCUCGAAAAGAUGCAAGUCUGCAUAACAGCUGGCUAGGAGCGGGUCCUCUGUCUUUAAUGACCAAAAUCAUUCGCUUGGUUACUCAAGAGUUUCCAGCAAUAUUACAGGUUACGGGCGACAACUAUGUGCAGCAGCUUCGUUUAAUAAUCAAGUUCGAACCCUAUUUGAAGGAGCAAGUGAGAAACUCAAUGUCACCACAGACAAGGAGACUCGGAAAUGAGUGUGAAACCCUAAUCGUAAACUGGGAUUCAAAUGAAACGGCAUUUAAUUGGUACCUCUCCUCAUUAUGGAAAGACGCUUUCAAUUACAACAGCGUCCCAUUUAUCAGCACCUUUACCAAAGAAAGCACGCAGCAAGAUGCAGGGCAACAAUCGCAUUCACAAAGUUUCUCACAACCGCAAACGCCCAAACUGGAAAGAUGGAAUUCCCAGGGCUCGUCUUUAUCCCGCACCAAUAGUAAUAACAGCUUGAUCACCAAUUACCUUUUGCAGCAAGAACCGGACUCGGCAUCCAACAGUGCUCCAAACAGUCCCGUUGUGAGUUCAGGAUUUUCAUCAUGGGUCAACAAUAAACCCCACUCAGGAGGCCAGACCAGCGAAAGGUCAUCCUUAUUCAGAUUUUCCUGGACAGGGUUUCAGAAGGCUAACACAACAAAAAUCGAUGAGGAGUCGGAAACCGAGACCCAGAGCGCUGCCAAUCAUCAAGGUGGAUCAUUCAUACUAGACCCGGGACUGUUAAAACCGAACAUCUGGGUCGGCACAAAAGUUACGCUUUUUGGUGUGAAAGUGGGCGAAAGAGAGAAAUAUAGUCUUGUGGAUAUGACAUCGAACUUUUUGCGGAAACUGCGAUUCGGAAGCAAUACAAAUUUAAAUGCCCCAGAGGGAAUAAUGGUGACCUCAGGAACAUUAACGCCCGCGACCUCGCGCCCCUGGACCCCGCGGGGCUCUUUGGCUGCGCGGCAGUCACUUUAA